CUUUCUCUUGAGUUCAGAAAAAUUUAGAGACUGGCAGAACUACUGAGGAGAUGGGUUUAACGUAUACGCAACUGCUCAUCCUUUUGCUCAGUGCAUGUGCAUCCAUGCUUGGAGGAGGAGUAGUUACUGAAGCCAGGAAAGAACCUACUUGCACAGGUACUCCUACUCCUAGAACGAUUACUGUUGGUGGCUCCAUGCAUUGGAACUUCGGCUUUAACUACACCGAUUGGGCUUUCAAGGAGAAUCCCUUCUACGUCUAUGAUACUCUAGUGUUCAAGUACGAUCCACCAAGCGAGAAGAACAUACAUCCACACAGCGUCUACUUGUUUCCGGAUAUGUGGAGUUGGAUAAACUGUAACCUGACACAGGGCGUGAAGAUUGCAAAUGAGACCCAAGGGACUGGUAAGGGGUUCAGGUUUGUAUUAAAGAAGUGGAAGCCUUACUACUUUGCCUGCGGUGCAAGCAAUGGCUACCAUUGCCGUUUCGGUGGGAUGAAGUUCUUCGUGCUGCCACUUCGUAGUCGUCGGCACUACUGAGAUCGAAAACACUAUGCCAGGGAAGAUGCAUUGCAUUGCAUUGCUGCUUAGUUACAGGGGAAGAAUAAUUUAUCAGAAAUAAAAGGAAUGGGAACUAAUUAAACUACUUGUUGUUUGUAGUGUUCUAUUGUUUGAUCCAUUUUGUCUAAUUUGAUGCUAAGCGGAUGGAGGACGGAAAAUAAUUAAAUAGCCUCAAUUUCUAUGUUA